AUGUCAACUGAACCAGAUAGUCUUCGACGAUCGAAGAGAAACAAAUUCCACUUGGAUGUGGCGGCAAUGCAUCUGGCUAAUCCAGAACGACGACGUGCUCAACAGGGUCGUCUGACGCCGUCGCCUGAUGUCGUUGCUUGUCGUACGUCGUCGUUGAGCCCUGCUGAUAACACCAGUCCGGCAUCGUCGGAACCGUCUGACGAGAAGUCAAGAAGAGUUCGAAGGACGCCGGCAAGAAAUGCAAGCUAUGUGUUCGAGGAUUCAGAUGAUGAUGAUUGCCGGAGAGGUCUGGAAGGUACGAAUUUGUGCGUGAAAUGUCCCGCUCGAUUCGAGACACGUCCAGGACUUGCGAAUCACUUUAAACUCCAUUUUGGUGAGAAGCGAAAAUUCGCGUGCGAAUUAUGCGAUUUCUCGGCGACAACGCCGAAAUCGUUGCGUCUUCAUCAAAAAGUUCAUGACCGUUUUGGUGUGGGCCCAGCGACAUUUUCGGAUCCGCAAGAGAAUCAACCUCAUAUUGAAGGCUUGCACUGUGAGAUGUCCGUUGAAUCUACGUUUGGCCUCAAUUCGUCUCCACCGCAGUUGUCUCCUCCAAUAGUGUACAGUGUGUGUCCAUCACGAAGUCAUACCGAGCUGGUGCCGAAUUCUGAGCAAUCUCAGUCACGACGAGCUGCUCUGACUUGCCCAAUGACCCCUCCGCCAAAUCUGGUUCGAGUCAAUGCAUCGCUUAAUCCCGGUCAGGAGUGCCGCAAAGAACCUCGGAAAUGUCCCGAGUGUCCUUAUUUAGCCAAAACAGCAUCCAGUUUGAAAAUUCAUAACAUCGGUCACGAGAAGCAAUCUGGUUUCCUGUGUCCAUUCUGCACGUUCAAAAGUGAAUCAACUGUGUUCCUUAAGCGACAUGUGGAAGUGCAUGGAUGUUCAUCGUUCACAUGGCCUCCGACUUAUGUUGGUCUGUCACCGUGGAAGUCGCUUUUUGAUCGUAAUAGUGCAUACACUAGAUCCAGAUCAAUAAUGUACAAGGGUUUUCAGAGUUUGUUGUUCCUUCGAUGUGCGUCACAGCAUGCUCCUAUUGGAAGUCCGAUGAGGAGAAAUUUCGUAAAGCCAAAAUUUGAGAUCGUUGACGACUUUAUGCCAAAACUCGAACCACAUCAUGAGAACUUAGAUGAGAAAUGGGACGCACAAAAUGUUAAGUUAGAGGCAGAUGAUAGUAUGAUGAUGGCAAAUGCGGUCUCGUUUUAUGCUGGAAGUGCCAACCAUGUUCCAAAGGGUAACGAGUUUACCUGCGCCCUAUGCCCUUAUACUACCUCAACUCGAUUGACUCUUCAACGACAUGAAACAAAACACCAUGUGAAGGAGAUUUACCAGUGUGCGCAUUGCUCUUUUUCGGGGCGAACUCUCGAGUGUAUCGAGAAGCAUUCGCGACUUCAUCAAAAACUGCCCAUCGACGCUUCAGCUGGGUCGAGUUCGCCGUCUCCUCAGAUUCACUUGCCACCUGUGGUGUUGCUUCCGGUGACUACAGUUCCUUCACUUAUUCCACUAUCGAAUUCUGGAGCAUCUGUGAUAACAGUUUCCCUAACUACCGGACCAGGGGGAGAAAAGAUUGCAUUACCUGCCAGUACUGCUUUACCCAUUACAUUUGCCACUAUUGUCGGAUCAACAAUUGUUCCAUCGUCCUCAAUGGAGUCAGUUACAUCAUAUUCUCAACAACAGCAAACAAAAUGUCCACCACGUCGCUCAGCAACGGAAUCAUCAUUGCGAUUUAUUGGGCAACACCCAACAGACGAUGAGGACUCUUCAUCAACACCUUUGAGUCCAACAUUUGUCGAACUGAAGUGCGACACCGGGUCUGAGUCAUGUUUGGAGGAUCAUAUGAUUGUGCAUAGUGAGUCUAGCAGUGUUGUUGACACAGGUGCUGCUCCUAGCCCUUCACCGUCAGCAGAUCUCUUGCAAAAAUCUUGUAGCGAGAAGUCUGUAAGUCCUGAUUUUCAGGAAACUCCAAUACUUAAUGAGAGGCAAGUGCAUGUUUGUCUUACAGAUCCAUUGAGUUCAUCGACGGAAGUGAGCGCAACUAAAAAUGAUGUGAAGAAUCCAAUAACGGUUAGGCCAGAAUAUGAACAAGCAUUACGCCCUACUAAGGAGGUGCUACCGGUUCUAAAAUGUGAUCGCAAAACUAUAGGUGGCUACCAAUGUUCAGACUGUCCUUUCAUAGAUUCUGAUAAGAUGAUCUUUGAUUUGCAUCGUGAAAUGCACGGUGGUCGAGCCCGUGCAUUCGCUUGUAAUCUUUGUAACUACAGGAAGCGUGGUUUGGGGCGACGUGGUUUCCAACCGUCUGAUCCGAUUCCUCUGGGUGCAAAACACUUUGCUUGUACCCAGUGCUCUUUCCGAACUGUCAAUGAAACAACAUUUGUACAACAUCGACAGCAGCAUGCGCAGCACAUCCAACAGCGCUUAGUAACGCAAAUGAAGAGGGCUGCCUCUCAACAGGAGGAAGACAGUAAACGAUGCUCGAAAGUGAAACGAGUUGCGAGGAAAAGCGACAAACAUGUUGAUUUUGAACAUGCUUGUCUACAAUGCACUUUUCGAUGUGAUACUUCAGUAGCUUUCUCGAGACAUCUUGAAAUGCAUUCCCAAAAUGCUCUUUUCAAAUGCCGAAUUUGUGACUAUUCUGCGAAUACCAAGAAUAUAGUUGAUUACCACGAGCAGAAUCAUCAUCUUGGUCACACACUUACUGAUCUCCGCAAAAGUGCUAUUUUGGCGCCUGAUAUUGUUCAGUUGGAUGUCACCGCUUCGAACGAAGAACGAGCUCGGUUUGGUGGCCAAGAUUUACGAUGCAGAAGAUGUCAUUUUAGUACGUUAGACCUGUCAGCCUAUACAAAACAUUGGGAGCAGAAUCACAGAGAUACACCAGAGGACCGCGAAGUUGCGGGCGAGCUUCGCAUGAAGUUGGUACCGCCAAGUAGUAUUCUGACAACUGCAUAA